AUGGUCAGGAUCACUGAAGAGCUGAUUCGGAAGAGAUCUGAGCACAAUGAGCGGAUGAUUGGGACACUAGAGGAGCUUUCGCUGCAUCAGGAGAAUAUCGAGAAAAUUGAGCAUUUGCAGAAUUGGUGCAGGGAUUUGAGGAUUCUCCUGCUCCAGAGCAAUCUGAUCAGCAAGAUUGAGAACCUGUGGAAGCUCAAGAAGCUGGAGUAUCUCAAUCUGGCCAUAAAUAACAUAGAAAUCAUUGAGAAUCUCCAUCAGCUGGAAUCCCUGAAGAAACUCGAUCUGACCUUGAAUUUUAUCGGCCAGUUGACUAGUGUUGAGUCCCUGAAGGACAACUACAAUCUCAGAGAAUUGAUUCUGACCGGGAAUCCUUGCACAGAGUUCCCAGGAUACCGGGAAUUCGUCAUAACUGUCCUGCCUCAAAUCACCCAACUGGACUGCUCUGAAAUUUCCCGCUCUGACCGAAUCCUAGCCAUGAAGGACUUCCAAUCCAUCCGACAGACCAUAAUCCAGCGCCAAGCUCAGUACAAAAUCCGCAGAGAUGAGCAGAAGCUGAGAGUCCUGCAGCAACUCCAGGAAGAUGCAAAAGCCAGAGAACAUCUGCCGGAAGAGGAGCAAACGAAGCACUUCUGGGAUCAGAAGAGUGAACACAGCCCAGAAGUUAGAGUCGAAAUAGCCAAGAAACAUUCAAAAUCCCAACAGAAUCCUCCAACUACUGAUCCCCUGGCUCCACCAAAGAGAGCCCCCAAACUCUUCUCAGCUUCCGGACGACCUUUCUGCAUCAACGAGCCCAAGAUUGACUUCCAUUUCCACGAUGAACCAGAUAGAUUCGAACUGGAACUUCUGGUUUACAAAUUCCUGGACACUGCUCAUCUCUCAGUGGAUGUCCAGCCGAAUUACGUGAGGGUUGGCGUGAAGAAGAAGAUCUUCCAGUUGGCUCUGGACGAGGAGGUCAAGUGUGAAGAGUCCGUUACUCAAAGGUCAGAGAUUACAGGACAUCUUCUCGUCAAAAUGCCCAAAUUGCACGGGAAGAUCUCGAAGAAGAACCCUGAGAAUCCUUCCCGAGAGCUUCCAAAUGCCAGUGAAUCCCAAAAGAAUACCGAGUAA